CUACUCAGGCGUGACACGGACCAUGCUGUUAUUACUUCUGCUGCUGUUCGUCGCCAGCGCGUUCAAGUUGCUGUUCAUGUUUUCUUAUCGACUUCUAAAUGGACUCUAGAUUAUCCCCCUUUGUUUGCCUGGUUCGAAUGGUUGCUUUCCCAAGUAGCUGCCCAAGUUGACCCAAAAAUGUGCGUUAUCAGCAACACUGCUUAUUCAUCUCCCAAGACUGUAUGGUUUCAGCGGUGCUCUGUAUUGCUUACAGAACUUACUGUUUACUUCGGUCUUUGGAGUUCAGAUAUACAUUUUCAGUACAAUGGAUUCCUUUUCGGAGUGCUCCUGCUGUCUGUUUCGUUUCUUAUUGAAGAAUGUUAUGUUAAAGCAGCUGUGUGCUUCACGGUACUGUUAAAUUUAAAACAUCUAUUCCUCUACGUUGCGCCUGUUUAUUUCGUCCAUCUCCUGUUCAACUAUUGUCUAGCUCGUGAGAACCGUAGUUUCCUUUCAUUCAUAGGCAAGUUUUCCAAGCUCGGGGCCGCUGUCACAGUUACCAUGCUGAUAUCCUUUCUACCUUUUCUCUCAGAGACACAGUUGAGUGCAAUAUAUUCUCGCUUGUUUCCUUUCGGUCGCGGACUAACUCACGCGUAUUGGGCCCCAAAUUUCUGGGCUCUCUAUAAUGGGGCUGAAAAAUUUCUUUGUGCAUCAAACAGCCGUUUUGGACUGUGGCCGCAUUUGAACACAUCCAGCUCAUCGAUGACACGAGGACUUGUGGAAUCUGCUGAUCAUGUGGUCUUACCGUCAAUCCGUCCUGUUCACACGGCUGUCCUGGUUAUUGGCUCGAUGCUUCCACCUCUCCUACGUUGUGCUGCGAAAAGCUCCGCGUUCAACGAUAUGCAUGUUUCUGUACAUUAUCGGGAAUUCCUAACUGCACUGACGGGAGCUGCAUGGGCGUCGUUUCUCUUUGGUUGGCAGGUGCACGAAAAAGCGAUUAUUGUGGUCCUAUUGCCUUUGAAUUUGUUGGCGAUGGCUGUUCCGAACUUCCGCUCAAUCGCAUUCUACGCUACGACGAUCGGGCACUAUAGUCUUAUGCCGUUGAUUCCUACUAAAGCAGAAACGCCUGCCGUCCUCUUCAUGUUCUUGUCGUAUACCACAAUUCAUUGGCUGGUGUUGUUUCGUUUGCAUCCUGCCUCUACAAAAACUGAUAUCUAUCAGACCAACGGACCCCUAGGCCGUUUAGCCAGCAUACACCUGUGGGGCUUGGUUCCACUUUACGUGGCUUCGUUCAUUCUUUGGCCAUUGAUUCGAAUGAACCGUGGGUUGCCAUUCCUGCCUCUCAUGGCGACAUCCAUGUACACAGCCAUCGGAUUAUGUCUCGGAUACGUUUACUUUCUCUGGUUGAGUUGGCAAUCUGAUGAGGCUUCAACGAUUGUAGUAACAGAGACAGAAGGAACACGUCAAGUGAAGGAGAGAGAAGUGAAAGGAAAACAGGAGAGAACGGAGAAGGCAGACGAGAAUCAGCGGACAGCGGAGCGAAAAUUUGGAGAAAAACCACCGGCGAUGGAGAGGAUAUCGGGAGGAAGACAACAAGAAAAAUCCGUUCCACCAAAAUCCAACAAAAAGAAGGCAAAGAGGCAUUGAUAUCGGCGGUUCUCCCCGUUACUGACACGAAUUGUUCCUACCGCGUUCCACCCAGUGCAAUGUUUUUACCUCGUGAUCUUGCUACGUUUUUGUUUGGAACAUGAAGCCCGCUGUUGAGCACGUGAUGAAUUUAUAAAUGGU